AUUUGAAAAAGGAAAAAAAAAAACACAAUUGUUCUACUUUUUAAAAAUGACAUGACCGUUGGUUCUCUUCAUCUCUUCAUCAAAAUCACCGAAUCUCUAACACUUAUCUUGUUCAGCUCUGGUUUUUCGUCCUUCUUUUCUCUUCAAGAAAAAAACAGAGGCAUCAAUGGCUGGAGAUCUUGUUUUUACCUCUGAAGAAAUGGUGAUCGACAAGGGACUAGGGUACCCAAAGGCCUAUGCCAAGAUCUGUAAAGAUCGAAGCUUUGGCCCCUUCAGCCGCGGCCCUCCUUUCGCUUUCACUCCCUAUUCUCUACCACAGCAUGAGGUUUUGAGAGCCAAGGAAUUGGAUGACAUGUUCCCGAUCAUUGAUCCGAAUGCACAACCCAGUACAAAGCCGAAGAUUUUCCUGUCUCUUUUGUGGAAGCAACUCAACCACCUCGGGAAUGCAGGGUUUGAUCCGGAAGUAUUUCGAGUAGACUCAUAUGGCAAUGUUCUGUAUUAUCAUGCUGAUUCAGCUUCACCUCUAGCAUGGGAAAUUGAUCACUGGUUUCCUUGCUCCAGAGGAGGACUAACUGUUCCAAGCAAUCUGAGGAUAAUGCAGUGGCAAGCAUGUGAGAAAAAGAAUCAUAAGCUGGAAUUUCUUAUACCCUGGUGGGAUCUGCAAGUUGGUAUAUCCAUAAACCAGUUCCUGUCCAUCUUUGCUAUAUCAAAUUCAGAUUUCAGGCGUAGAGCAUUUUCAUGGUUGUUUUCUGAAGGCGAAAAUGAAGAAUUGAAUGCCUCACAAACUGUUGAUUCACAUGUUUUUCCUCAUCAUUUUGUUGAAUCGCAAGAAAAGAUUGGCCUGGCUCCAGCUGCUGUUGNAUCGUGUGAUGUGCUCUUGCUGCUAGACCAAAGCCUUGGGGGCACUACUCUCUCUUACAAAAGAUCAAAGGCGGAUUUGAAAGAAAAUGAAGAUCCAGGCAUGGUGACCAAUCCAUACCAAGCUAUUGUGAUGGCUAGAGAUUCUUUGAGACACAGAGAAGAGACUUCAAAGAUACAGGCAGAAAUACAGAAAUUAGACGAUGAAGUGGGUGAAUUAAAGCAAAAGACUGAGGAGGAGAAAGCAGCCGUUGAAGAAUUGGAACUAGUCCUAAUAAAGAAAAGGAGGAGAGCAGAGAAAUGUCGACGACUAGCUGAGGCACAAUCUUCUUAUAGAGCUAUGCUAGAGAAGAUGAUUCGAGAUGCCAUGCACCAGAGCGUUGUCUAUAAAGAACAAGUGAGGUUGAAUCAGGCAGCAGCUAAUGCUCUUAUGGCAAGACUUGAAGCUCAAAGAGCAAUUUGUGAUUCUGCAGAGAGAGAGCUACACAAUAGAUUCAAAUAUAGAGAUGAACUCGAGCAACAGAUAAGACCUGAGUGGGACCAAACAAGAAAAAGAUCAAGAAUGGAUGAAUUUCCAGAUGAAGAGGGAGAUGAGAAGACUCUUCUCUGCCUUCCUGGCAGCAGCUCAAGGGCAGAAUUAGAGAAAGAUGAUCAAAGAGUUCUAUGCUUGCCAGGGAUGAAGUCCAAUGACAGUAUGCAUAAGGAACUAAGAGUAUUUCUGGACGAGGAGCAGAAAGCAUACGAGGGAAGACUCUCUCUAAAUGGAGGACAAGAGAAAGAAAGACAAAGCGACAAGGCUAUUGUGCAGGCAAAGGACGAGGAUCCUACAGAGGAGAAGAUUCAAAAUAUAGAAAUACAAGAAGAAGGGAUAACAUACAAUGCCGGGUUUCCCACUUUUCAUGAAGCUGAAAGAGAGGAGGAGGACGACGAGAGCAGAAAGCAACGUGGGAAAGGAAAUGUUGAAAAAUGGCUUCAGUUGCUUUUGGAUAACUCACAAGAACCUACCAACUUUGGAACUCAGACUGCUGAGGAGAACAAUAAUGGUAACAGAACUCUUAAUGCAGGAGAAGAUGAAACUAAUGAGAUUGAUGGCACGAUUAGAAAGGAGAAUAUCAAAUAUCCACAGAACGAGAUAAAGAAAUCAAGAUCAGAGGAGUUAGAAAUAGCUGAAGAUGUGAAACAGACGCAGAAAGCUGCCAAACAGCAAGAAGAAGCAAAAAGAGAGGAAGUUGUUCAUAUGGCAGCCAGGAAAUCAUCAUUUUCAAAAAGAGAAAUUGGAAAAAAAGAAGAAAGAACUGAGCUUAAGGGUCAAAAAACACCAUCUAGGAAUCCUCCACCCUACAGAUUAAUUCUAGAAAGGAGAGCCAGUGAUGUAGGUUCUGCUUCUAAGGGAGUAGUAGGGAGAUCUAGCAGCUGUGAAAGAACUGAAAGGAAGAGUGAGAAGGAAAAGGAAAGGGAAUUCUUGAGGUCUGACAGUGCCAGGUUGUUUAGGCGUAUCCCGUCUUCCCCAUCUCUCCUCUUGAGUGGCAUGAAAAAGAGAGUGGAUUGCAUAAGGAAGAAGCCCUCAGUUGUUGGCGAUGAUAGCGAUGAAGGUCGGGGAGGUAAUGGCUUCAUAAGAUCAUCCAUCAAAACAAUCAAGAAAGCAGUGAAGAUGUAGGCCCUGAUACAUAUAACUAAGUUCAUAUAGUUUGAAAGUUGUUAUUGCUACUGAGUGUUGGCUACCAAAAUGAGUGUAUGAAUGGUGCGCGCUUUAUUUCUUUGUAUAAUAGUACACUAUUAUUCUUUUUGAA